UUUCAAAUGCCUUUACUUCAGUGUUUUCUUAUUCGAUUCGGCAGUACCGCAAAACAUCAAAACAAAACAGGUUUCACGAUUUAGUCCUGUUCGGGUUUAUAGAUCGCCAACUUGUUUAGAUAAAGCAAUAAAUAUGAGCAAACCCGGCGAGGCGCCCGAAGAAACAGCCACCGAUCUCCAGCUGUCAACGGACCCGAAACUAGUAACCAAAGCGACGCAAAUCCUAGAACCCCUUCCGAGUGGUGCAGUGGAUCGAAAUCUGGACAGCGUGCUGGAAGCGGUGAAAACCGUCGAUCAAACAUGCGACUAUAAGCGGUGCAAGCAGAAAACCACCAUGAUGGGCACCAGUUGUGAAUUCUGCCGGCAGCGGUUCUGCUUCAAGCAUGGUCUGCCGGAGGUACACGGAUGUGGGGAUGCCGUCCGAAAACAGGAAAGGGAAGAAUUUUUACAUCCACUACCGGCCAAAACAGUUCAAGCUCAGGAGGAUCUCAAAAAGGCACACAGUCGACUCGAUCAGAAGCUGAAGCAGAUGAAUUUGACGCGAAAGGCUAAACCCACUGGGGGUGGGGGAACGGAAGCAUCGUCAUCUGGGCGUGGCCGGGGUGGAGGAGGUAGACGCAGGGGAAAGUCUUGAACUGUAGUUUAUUCAAAUACUUAGAAAGUUAAAUAAAUGUACGUGUAGGCUUUUCAUCGCAUUCGCAAAA